AUGUUUGGACCCUCCGGUACUUAUUCCAGAGUUUAUUAUGAUCCUAGUCCCAUGGAAGCUCCUGCAGCAGAGACAGAAGGACUAGACUUCAGUGAUAAUGCGCACAAGCAGGCUUGGAAGGAUCUCGACCAGGAGGAUUCCAGCUCCUUACAGGGUACAUUUUAUUCCCUUCCUUCAAACUUUUCAGAUACUGAUGAUUUGUCUCCUCUGGAUUCAUCUAGUCAGUUUCGUAUGCCUGAAUCAUUUUAUGCUAUCCCUGAAGAUCCUCUAGGGGAGGAUAUGUUAUCUGAUGCGAGUUAUAUUCCUCAUGUUUUUGUUCCCAAUAUCCCGGACUAUCCUCCAUAUCCAAAAACAUCACCAAAUUCUGUUUUUAAUGGUAUCAUUUUUGGAAGCUCUGAUUAUGAGUUUAGUCAGGACAGAGAACCACUAGGCAUGUUGUUUCUUACCCCUCUUCUGAAGAGUCUGUUGAGUUCAACCCCAGAGUUGAUUCCACCUUGGGACCUAGAGGACGCAAGUUCAAGAAAUCUCACACUUACAGGAUGGGACAAGGAUCUGCAGACUGUCGUUCCCUCCCAACAGCGUGUUGUCACGAAGAGAGCCAAGAAUUCCAGAAGGACAGGAAAGCAGCCAUCUCAGGCUCGUAUGAAAGUUGACAGUGAUGAUGACAUGGACUCAGAGGCUUCCAUCACCAGCAGAAAGAGAGCAUCAUCCGAUUCAGAAGAUGAUCAUGAUAGAUCAAGCAAAAAGGCAGCCAAGGCAUCAAGAAUGAGAGUUGCAGUGGAUACUUAUGACAAGUGA